AUGGAGGAAGUUGAAGCUGCUAACAAAUCAGCUAUAGAAAGCUGUCAUGGAGUCUUAAAUCUCUUAUCAAAAAGUGAUCCCAAAUCCCUAAUGGUUGAAACAAGAGAAGCAGUUUCCAAGUUUAAGAGAGUAACUUCUUUAUUAACCAGAGGAGGAGGGUUAGGUCAUGGCAAGUUUAGGAGAAUCAACAAGUUUAGGUCAUCAUUUCCUCAACAUAUCUUCUUGGAGAGUCCUGUUUGUUGUGGUAAUGAUAUGAGUAAUGAUUACACUCAAGUUCUUGCACCAGAGCCUCUCCAGAUGGUUCCAGCUCCUAUUGUCUAUGAUGAGAUUGACCAAAAACACCAUUUGGGUCAUCCUCCGUUGAUGCUUAGUCACAAAAUGUGUGUUGAGAAGUCGUUUCUGGAGUUAAAGCCACCGCCUUUUCGAGCUCCUUAUCAGUUAAUCCACAACCACCAGCAAAUAGCUUACUCCAGGAGCAAUAGCGGUGUGAAUCUUAAGUUUGAUGGAUCUGGUAGUAGUUGCUAUACCCCGAGCGUAUCGAAUGGAUCAAGAUCAUUUUUGUCAUCUCUUAGUAUGGAUGCUAGUGUGGCGGAUUACGAUAGGAACUCGUUCCAUUUAAGCGGAUUGUCCCGUGGGUCUGACCAGAUAUCGCAGCAUUCCAGGAAGAUGUGCUCUGGUAGUUUGAAAUGUGGAAGUCGAAGCAAAUGUCAUUGUUCCAAGAAAAGGAAACUGAGGGUGAAACGAUCAAUCAAAGUGCCUGCAAUCAGUAACAAGAUUGCGGAUAUUCCUCCCGAUGAGUAUUCAUGGAGAAAAUACGGGCAGAAACCGAUAAAGGGUUCACCACAUCNACGGGGAUACUAUAAAUGCAGCAGUGUGAGAGGUUGUCCAGCAAGGAAGCAUGUGGAGCGAUGUAUCGAUGAAACUUCGAUGCUAAUUGUGACUUACGAAGGCGAGCAUAACCAUUCAAGACUAUUGUCUUCACAGUCAGCUCACACCUGA